CGGGCAGCCCCCUCCCGCCAGGCCCUCCCGGACCCGCGCCGUCUUCUUGUCACCCGCGGUUGCCUCGGGCGGGGAUCGGUGCCCCGGAGCGCAAAGCCUGACGCGUCCCCCCUUUCUCAUCCCCCCCCACACACCUCCCACCACCCAGACCCUGGCGGCGAUGAGACAGAGCGGCGCCUCCCAGCCCCUGCUGAUCAACAUGUACCUGCCAGAUCCCGUCGGAGACGGUCUCUUCAAGGAAGGGAAGAGCCCGGGGUGGGGGCCGCUGAGCCCAGCGGUACAGAAAGGCAGCGGGCAGAUCCAGCUCUGGCAGUUUCUGCUGGAGCUCCUGGCGGACCGCGCCAACGCCGGCUGCAUCGCGUGGGAGGGCGGCCACGGCGAGUUCAAGCUCACGGACCCAGACGAGGUGGCGCGGCGCUGGGGCGAGCGCAAGAGCAAGCCCAACAUGAACUACGACAAGCUGAGCCGCGCGCUGCGCUACUACUACGACAAGAACAUCAUGAGCAAGGUGCACGGCAAGCGCUACGCCUACCGCUUCGACUUCCAGGGUCUGGCCCAGGCCUGCCAGCCGCCGCCCGCGCACGCCCACGCCGCCGCCGCCGCCGCCGCCGCCGCCGCUGCCGCCGCCCAGGACGGCGCGCUCUACAAGCUGCCGGCUGGCCUCGCCCCGCUGCCCUUCCCCGGCCUCUCCAAACUCAACCUUAUGGCCGCGUCGGCCGGCGUCGCGCCCGCCGGCUUCUCCUACUGGCCGGGCCCGGGCCCCGCCGCCACCGCCGCCGCCACCGCGGCACUCUACCCCAGCCCCGGCUUGCAGCCCCCGCCCGGGCCCUUCGGCGCGGUGGCCGCCGCCUCGCACUUGGGGGGCCACUACCACUAG